AUGAAAAAUGGAUUCUUUUACGACAACAACAGGAGUCGUGCUCGGUGGAUGGACAAGGAUGAAGCUACCAAGCGCUUCCCGAAGACAAAAAUGCACCCCAAGAAGACACACGUGACUGUGUGGUGGUGUGCUGUGGUGUGCUACAUGUGUGGAACAGGUGCUACAGGUGUAGAAGUACUGCAAAGAACUGGACGAAAUGCCCCGGAACCUCCAACUUCUUCGUCCGACAUUUUUGAACACAAAGGGCCCGAUUCUCCUACACGACAGUGUCCAGCCAAACAUUUCAAAGGUCACGCUACUGAAAUUGAACCAGCUAGCCAGACUUCUCCACACCCACCAUAUUCGCUGGACCUUUUGCCAACUGACUAUCACUUUUUCAGACAUCUCGACAGCCGCCUAAGAGGUAAGAUCUUCCGAAACCGAGGUGAUGCCAAAAACGACUUGCGGAAGUUCACGGACUCCAAAAGCUAA